GGGUAAAACGUGAAGGUACACCGAACCGCAUAAAAGAACCCUUAAGGAACAGGAAGAAGGAAGGAAGAAGAAUAAUAGUAGGACGAGACGCCAAGAACGGCAAAGGCGAGGCGCAUCGGAGACCAUCUGAUCUGACGCCACGUCCUUUCUUCUUCUUCUUUUUGGGGUUUCUCUUCCUGAAUCCUCCUCACAUGUUUCCGUUCUUCUCUCUUUUUACUGCCACUCUGGAACGAAAAGGAACCUUCUCUUUUCCGCUCCCUUUUGUUUUGUAGUUCAUUACGCGCUUAUUAUUAUUAUUUAUUAUUACUAGUUUCUGUUCUGUGGUCUUCGUUUCCGAAGCGGAAUUGCGCUCGAGUGUAACGCGUCUGUGCGUUGCUGUAUAUAUAUAUAUAUAUAUAUUUGUCCUCUGCUUCUUUUCCUAUCCAAAACUAUAUCGUCACUCAGUAAGCGGAGAGGAAAGGAAGAGAAGGGGGAAAACCAUCGUGUGCACGUGACUUCCCCUGUGUAAGACCUCUGUGUGCGUCCACAUCUUGCUUUAAUAAUAAGGAAGAAAAAAUAUCUUUAAGUUCAAAAGAAAUCUUAAAAGCUUCGGAGCACACUCACACACUCACGGAACAGCAUUUUGUAUUCCUCUUCUAAAGUUGCUGUCUCUCUUUCCUUUUUUUUCUUUUCGAGGUCGUCUUCACAGGUGUGCGAGGGAGAUCGUCUUAACCCCCUUUUUCUUCUCGUGUGUGUGUGUUGUGGUGAGGGGGGAGAGUUGUUUCCUUCUGGUUUUUCUGCGGUAGGUGAGUGUGUGCGGAGUUUGUGGUGACCAUUUACUUCUCCUCUACAUAUAUAUAUAUAUUCCCGCUUGUUUUCGAAUUUAUUUUGGGUGGAGUCGCACACUGCGCGCGAGCAUCCACGGGACCUGCCGACGCUGCCGCUGGCGUCGUUGUUGGUUCGGUUUCCUUUGCCUUUUUGUCCGUAUAUAUAUAUAUACGGAAGUGCUCUUGCCCUUUGGUGUCUGUUCCUUUUUGUUUUGUUUUACAGCUCACCCAACGGCAUCGUCGCCCUCUCUCUUUCCCUUUUUUUCUAAAGAAAAUAUUCUCUGUCUCUACUGCCGUUGUCGCACUCCGCUUUUGACUCCGCAACGCUGCAGCGAGGGAGGCGAUCAGCAGACGAGCAGGAGAGGGGAACAUCGAUUGUGCAAGGAGAGAGAGAGAGGAGUACUCGCGGAAAUUGGUAGCGCCCCGACGGAGGACGACGCAGCGGGUAAGAAGAAAGAAGGGUGGUGGCGGAACAGGACUUGCUUUUUUUUCUUUCCCCCCUCCUUUUAUUUCGCCGCCUGGCCGAUUGUUUUGGUUUUGGUUUUCUCUUUCUGAUCUUGUCUUCCGGUGGUGCGAGCACACGCGUUGCUAGACGGCAAAACAGGAUUCUGUGUCUUCCCCCUUCCCUUUUCUUUUCUUAUUGCACUCAAGCAUUAAGCACUCACCAUCUUAGCUGUUUUCUCUCUCUUCUCUUUUCCCUUUUAUUAUCAGUAUAAGCCUCCCGGCUGUAGUUGACCGUUAAGGAAAUUUGUAACAAGCAAACGAAAGUGCCGCAUAGCUUUCAAAAAAGAAAAGGAGGAAGAUUGACGUCGAUACGGACACCGCGUCCGACGACGGAUCUCUGUAAAGAUAGCAGUAGCUCUUGUUUUUGUUCUUGUUUUUUUUCUGCUUUACACCAGUUUAGGUCCAUCCACCCAGAAUGUCUGCGCUGAGCUUGUCACGCGACUCCCCGUUGUCUAGCACGGGACUGGCGUCGUCCGCUCAAGCGCAAGGGGCAAGCGCGCCACUGCCUUCUACCUCAGCCACUCCUGUCGGUGGGGGAGCCGCCUCAGCCGCACGGCAAACUUCGUCCUUUCUGCGAAAGCCGCCGUCGUCGUCGUCUUCGUGGUGGACCCGUGCCAUACAUACGCCUGCAACGUCUGAGGUUCAUAAGGAGGCGGACGCACCGGCCAACAUCGGCGAUGGAGCGUCCUUCCUCACCGCCGCCGUCCUGGCUGCGCUUGCCGCGGCCACCGCCACCGUCGCCUACCGCGUCUACAGCCACCUUCGCGAACGGCCUGCCCCACCGGCGCCGCGUCGUCCGCCGUUGAGGCGCGAGGAGGGGUCGCUGUCCGCGAGGAUAGGACUGACCGACCCGUCGACGGCUGAGAAGUCCUUGGCGGUCUCGCCGACGGCGACCGUGACGUCGCAACGCACAACGGCGGAUGUCUCCGACGGGUUGACGGCGACAAGUCGAAGCUGCAGCAGCCGUGUGUCGCCGCGCCCUCGCACUUCGUCGGCGCAGGAUACACGUCCCGACCCCGCAGAGAAGGACCAGGAGGGAGGAGAGGAGGACGAGUAUGCGGAGGAGACCGUGGAAGGAGAGGCCGAGGACGCGUUCGACGUGAAGGAGCGGGGGCCCGCCAAGCUCGUCGCGCCGUCACAGCGAAGCGAAGACGUAGCAGCUGCCGACACUCGCACGCCAACGGUGGCGGCGAACAACGACGCCUCAACCACCUCGCACCCUUCCGCUGACCCGGCAGCGCCAUUUCAGGUGUUGCUAUCAAAAGCCGCAGCUGCACCGCCGCGCUCCACCGGGUCGAACCUGUUGUUGUGCAACUACUACGACCUGGAUCUCUACGCGCAAAACGGCAUCGCAGCCGGCGCGCACGGGUGGCCGCGCGUCUUUGGUCUUCUCUCUGCCAGCGCCGCAGCCGGGCCGCCGCAUCACGGCGACGGCGCCAGUGCCGAGGCGAAGGCGACGGACACGUACUUGGACAUGUUGGAUGCGGCGAGCCGAUCACUCGUGGGUGGUGCCGACCAGGGCCUCGAGGGCCGCCCCAACCCCCGCUCCAUGACCUGCACCUACGAAGGAUCUCGAGUGACGGCGAACGAGUACCCCGCGCUGCUGCGUGAAGCGCUAAGCACAAGCGCGACGGGCCCCAACGCAAACGCCAACACCACCGGCGCCUACCGCAACGCCCACCCCAGCAGCACCAGCAGUGACGCCUCGGUACGGAGCAGCAGCACGUUUGCCUGGUCCGCCACGAGCUACGCCCUUACGACGGCGCCGCCAUCUGCAACGACUCCUUGUUUCGCCGAGGUGCCGUACCUCCAGCGCACUGGCCGUCGUCUGUCCUCCGUCGAGCCUUCCGCCGUGUCGGGCACCACCGUGAGCCCCUCCCAGUACUCCCUAUCCUCCGACACCAAAGGCGUCCCCCUCCAUGUUCUGCAACACAUUUCCCUCCACGGCAGCCGCAGCUGGAGCGACGGCACCGGCAGCGCGUCCGGCCGCACGAGCAACACCACCUCGGCGCUGCAGCAGGCGACGGUGCUGUCCCCGGUUGCACUGGCGCGUGCGCAGCGAAACUUGCAAAAAGACAUCUCGACGCUGGUAGCGACGACUGCGGCGGCGCGGCCACCACCGUCCGUCCCCGCCGCCUCCGCCGCCUCCGCCAGCUUGCGACGCUCGCCCGUGACCGCUUCGGUCAGCGUCGGCGCGACGCCGCGCUCCAUCGGCCGGCUUCCGCCGUUGCGAACGCCGCUGAGUGAGGCGAGUAGCCGUGUUGGCUCGACCGCUGCGCUGGACACGCUGGACCGGGCCGCCAGCGCGACGGCUUCGUCAGCCAUCACCACGGAUGGGUUUCCUGCUAGGGAGGCGUACGCAGAGCGACAGCAGGCGAUGCGGGCACGCGCCGACGCGAAGGACCGUCAACGACAAGCUGCCCAGAUGUCUCUCUCACGGCUCGACGCCGUUGGUGUGUUUCCCACGAUACACGCCGGACAGAACAGCAGCAGCUCGACCGCCGUCCCCGCUGCACCGGAAGGGGAUGAGGACGGCGUGGUAGAGCCUUUUUCGCCCACCACUCUAGCACGCCGUCGCACCAUUGCGGAGCAGCUGGCCUUGUUGACCAGCCGACGAGAGCGGCAGCACCGAUACACGCAGCAGCUGCAGGGCCUGCUGCACGAGGCACCUUCUUUUUCUUCUUCCUCUUCCCCCACCGGUGCUGUCUCCGCGGCCUCCGGCGCGGGUGCUGCGGCUUCCUCCGAUAGUGUGUCGCCGGUGCAGUACAGCCUCACGCGAGCGGCGGAUGCCUCCCAUGCUGUUUGUCCGUGCGGCUUCGCCGUGCAGUCGUUGACGGAUGUGUCACCAGGGGUGUAUUACUCCUCGCUGCUCCAGCAUCACUACCACUGCCGAAAUCGGGCGCACUCUGACGUCACAACGGAGGUGCUGCAGAGCAAACGACGCCGGCUGCGCGAGCGGCGUACGCGCGCCGCCGCCGCCGCCGCACUCGGAGAUGCAAACGAAAGCAACGAGAUGGGCACGUGUGAGGACGAGGAAAAGGAUGUUGAAGACCAGAAAGCCGCCAAGGCGGUGACGACGGCGGUGGCCGGUGUCUCCACCCCCGUGUCGGACCAGUCCGCAGCGGGGCGGGAGGUGUACCCUCUGCCGUGUCAUCGGGCGGGUUGCAUCGCCUCGAUGAGCGCGACCUCCUCCACCACCGCCGCUGCUGCUGCUGCUUUUGGAAGUGGUGACCCACGCUCAAGGGAGGCGUCGAACCACUCCACCGGCACCAACCUGAGCGGGAAAGGCACUGCGGUUGUUGGACGGGCGCGUACGUGGACUUCCGCCACACCGGCGACGGCGACCGUCUCGGUGCCACCGCCGGCCCCUCUCUCCCUCGCCCCGGCCGCCGCAGCGUUGCCGAAGUCGACCGAGCCCCCGCACGACCGCCGUGUGGAUGACAUGACGGUGAAGCACCAGGACGACGGCUCCGCCUCCUACUCCAUCUCCCUCACCUACCACGAUAGCACGACUGGAAUGUCACGCACGGUGAACACGAGCGCGUUGCCGCCGCUGCGGCGUGGUGGCGGCGCCGGACACGCGGCGGCUCCCAUUCCCGGCCUGUCGUCACUCUCCGACUGCAGCGCUGCCCUACCGUUGGCCGCCGCUGCCGCACGCAUGACGCGUCCGACGAUUGCAGGCUCGCCGACAAGUCUUGGCGGCAGCGUCACGACCGCCGCCGCUGCUGCUGCGCGUCGAUGCUCGAGUAAUAGCCCCUCCCCUGCCCGCGGAGCCGCAGGAGGCGCGGCGGAGGCGGAGCGCACGGCUUCGAUCUCGCCUGCCGGCGUCGGUGUGAUGAAUGCACGCGGCUCUCGUGCGCGGUCAGCAACGGCGGCGGGCGUUGGCGGCUCCUCGACCGCAGCUGCUGCUGCUGCCGGGUCGACAGUGGUCGUCGCUGCCGGUGCGCCGAUCAAUCACUUCGCGGCCCCGCUUCCGCCCUCCGAGCCGCAGCACGGCCCCCGUCUGCAGGGUGUGGCGGGCCGCAACGGCGAGAUGGCCAUUGGCGCCUUCCUGGGCGGCGGGGCCUGCGGCAAGGUAUACGAGUGCCUCAACACGGAGACGGGACAGGUGCUCGCGGCGAAGCAGAUCGUGUUCGACGCCAAGGAUCGGAAGCUGCGCACGCGACUGAAGCAGCUAGAGUUGGAGCUGGAGGUGCUGACGCUGGCGGCGCGGCACCACGUGCAGUGGAUCGUCGGCUUCUUCGGUGCCGAGAAGCGUGGUCACUCGGUGCUUAUGUACCUGGAGUACUGCCAGCGCGGCUCGCUGCUGGAUUACAUGGUGGAGGGGAACAGCGCGGAUGCUGCGGUCUGGGGCGACGUGGACAAGAAGGACGGCGGCGAUGACGCGAGGGACGACCGAGAUAGCGUUGCUGCGGUGCGGAGUCGUGCCGCUUUUGCAGCGCGAUCUGCCUCUGCCACGACGGUGCCAGGUGGUGCCACGGUGGAAGACGCCAGCGCGGACAACAGCGAUGCUCCAGCAUUCGACCCGGGCCGGUACAAUGCCGACGACGAUGCCCCUGCUGCGGCAGUCGACCCGUGGCGACACACGGGGACGGACGAUGGGGCGGCGAACUGCCACAUCACCGACUCCACACUGCAGGGUCUCCGGAAGGUCCAUCAGGGCCAAAGCCACGGCGGGCUGCCCAACGUGGCACGGAGCGGCAUCACCGACGGCGCAGAGGAAGACGCGGCACGGCCCAUUACCGGCAAGCCGCCGCGCAACGCUCGCACUCGCCUUGAGGAGGAGGAGGAUGGAGCGUUUCACGUGCGCAUCGGCAGCACCCUGACCAGCCCCUCCUCCGGCGACCCCUCCAUGGCCUACUCCGGCUCGACGUGGGAGACGAUGCCGCUUAAUGAGGCUCUGCACCCGCAGAUGCCGCCGCUCUCCAUUGAACAGGUCCAGUACUUCACCCGGCAAAUCGUGGAGGGCCUACGCUUCAUGCACGAGCACAACUACGCCCACCUGGACGUCAAGACGGCGAAUGUGCUCGUAACGGCGGAUGAGCAGUGCCGCCUGGCGGACCUCGGCUGCGCGAUGCGGCUGCAGACGCCCCCAGCGACCCCCGCACACAGCGAGGCCGCAGCCGAGGAGCCGACCAGUGUCUCUGCCGUCAUCGCGAAGACAACUCAGCCCCUCGCCGGCGACGCGGACGCCCAUCAAGACAUCGAGAACAGCAGUGGCGACGGCGCGUCUUCGAUCGUCUCCCCGCCCACCUACCCGGUGCUGGUCGACCACGACGCCAUCACGGAGCUCCGUGGGACGGCGCUGUAUAUGGCCCCGGAGAUGAUCCGCUUCGAGAGCCACGCCAUCGGCAGCCCGGCCGACAUUUGGUCACUGGGGUGUGUCGUGAUGGAGAUGGCGACGGGGUGUGCACCGUGGCGGCACAUCGCGAAGGACAAGCUCCGCGUCUUGUAUCGCAUCGGCUCCGCUAGAGAGGAGCUGCCGCUGCCGCCGCUGGUGCGUGCGUGGGCGGAGGAGGCGUCGGAAUGGCUGGCGGACGAAGGCGCCCAGUCACCGACAACGGUGGCACGGAACGCUGCUGCUGCUGCGGAGGCAUCCUUCCUGUUGACCGAAGAGCCGGACAAGAGCCACAGUGCUGAUGAUGAGGAGCGCCUCCAUGCACACGGCGGCAUCCGCGGCCGAGUGGAGGCGGACAUGGCACUAGCAGAGGAAGAGGAAGCGCCGUACCGCCAGCGCCGUCGCCUUGAUGAUGCUGAUGCUGAUGUUGACUGUGUCGCAGCGGCAGCUGAUUGUGGCUGCAAGGAGGGGCGUGACGUGACGGUCGAAGGUGCGGCGCACAGUUCGGCAAGCCACUCGGACACGCUGGUCGGUCACUGGGUGCGGCCCGGCAGCACGUGUGCCGCGGUGUCCCCCUCUCCGCUCUCCGUCACAGCUUCACCGGUGCCAUCGGAUAUCCUUGUCGCGUCUCCUACACUGCAUAGGCACGCAACGUGCGGCAGCGUGCGCGGCGACAGGUUCGUUCUAAAAACUGGGUCCAUGCAAACGGCGGACGAAGCGGCCACCACCACCACCACCGCCACCACUUCUGCAGCCGAGGAGCUGCUCUUCCAGCGUCAAUACAGGGUAAUGCAGCUUUACGUGGAGUUGCAGAGCUUCGUGUCUGCGUGUGUGAGGGUGCGGCCAGAGGACCGGAGCAGCGCGGAGGAGCUCCUGCGUCAUCCUUUCCUUGCCCUGUAG